ACACGAAAGGGGCAGUUCUACAUCCUCAAAUAAAGGACACCUGUCACAUAAUCUUGGUGAUCGUGUGGUCAAACAAAUAUGUUCUUACAACAACUUACACUAGUAAUACUCGGAUAAGCCAUUUUUUGACGUGAUCUACCAGUCGUGUGGGAAUAGCUAUUCUUGCCAGCAGCCUGUACCUGCAACACGCAGGAAGAAAAACAAGCUUGUACAAAAUGCACAAGAGUGUUUUGGGAAUACUUCUCCUAUGGGGACUUGCAGUUUUGCUUUGUCAAGCUGUGGCCAAACCCGACGACAAAUCGUCCACACGGUACCCUGUAAAGAAGCGGAUAUCACCAAUCAAAUACCCCGAAUCCCCCGAGCCGCAGAGUCAUGACAGCGACCCAGAUAUGACGAUUACCAAGAAACCAUACCGAACGCCGCGAAAAUCGGAGUACGAUAGAAAACGAAACCAUCCACGGAAGAAAGAAAAAUUUUCACCCAUGUACCGCGAGAAAAAGCAUGGACUUCACGGAUUGUCACAGAAACGUCACUAUGAUCUGGGAUCACGUUCGGGAUAUAGGUGGAUGCUAUAUGGCUCACCACUGGAUCAUAAUUAUGGACACGACCACGUGGAUAUACCCAGAGGGAAAGUGAAAUCGCACUGGAGGAGAUACGCACACCAUCUUGCACCAAAAUACGCCUUUUUGCCGUCGCACUACGCGAGACGUCACGCGAGAUACGGUUAUAGGAGGUCCGCCGUGGGAAGAGUUGGCGGACGGCCAAUAGUGGUGUCUAUCCACCCCUCUUUCAAGGCUUACAACAUGAGAUCCGCCUCUGUGUUGGGCUAUGGUCUGGAUUCCUUGUUACAUGAUGUGGUUCUUGCUUCCAAACUAAAAUCUGGCAAGCAAACGACGAAAGCUGCAUAUACCUAGUACAAACACGGAGUCUCAAUAAGACAUUUAUUUAUUGGAUUGAUUUGACACGGUAGUAACAAAAACAGUUAAUGAUCGGUUUAGUUCUUUGCUUUAUAUUAUGGCUUCUUUGCCUUGUCUUAUUCAAAAAUACAAAGUACCACAAUAUUAAGAUAAUCCCUUUUUGUUAGGCCUCAGGUACAAAAGAACUUUAUACAAAUACGUGUAAUAUUGAAUUUUGCUUUUAUUGGAUUUAGGAUGAAAGAAUCAAUAAAAUUAGUAAUUGACUACAGUACUAGUACUUCAAAUCCUAAAUUUAAAAAAAAAUCCACUUUUUUAUUCUUUAUAGGACUUUU